UUGUUUGCAGCUUCUUCGAAGAGACGCCAGUAGCUCGUAGCCGAGGGACAUUGAAUGACUUUGUGCUCGAGUGCGGCAGCAGGGUUAAGAAAGUUGACUUAUUUGACAGGUUGGGAUAAGUACCGGAGCUCAUGGAGGCCCUCAUACCUGUCAUAAACAAACUGCAAGAUGUUUUUAACACGGUUGGCGCAGACAUUAUUCAACUGCCGCAGAUAGUUGUUGUGGGAACUCAGAGCAGUGGGAAGAGUUCUGUCUUAGAGAGUCUGGUUGGCAGGGACAUCCUGCCACGUGGUACUGGCAUCGUCACACGCCGGCCCCUCAUCCUACAACUGGUGCACAUAGACACAGAGGACCGAAGGAAAACCAAUGAAGAGAAUGAAUCCAAGAGAAAUGGACGACUUUACAGAGGCAUCGAUGGAGAAGAAUGGGGCAAAUUCUUACACACAAAAAACAAGAUCUACACAGACUUUGAGCAGAUCAGGCAGGAGAUUGAGGCCGAAACAGAAAGACUUUCUGGCAAUAACAAGGGUAUAAGUGAUGAUCCCAUUCACCUGAAAGUCUUCUCACCACAUGUAGUGAACCUCACCUUGGUGGACCUUCCUGGCCUUACAAAGGUACCAGUGGGAGAUCAGCCAAAAGACAUAGAGCUCCAGAUCAGAGAUCUGAUCGUCAAGUACAUCUCAAACCCCAACUCCAUCAUCCUGGCUGUGACGGCUGCUAAUACAGACAUGGCGACUUCAGAGGCUCUUAAAGUGGCUCGAGAGGUUGACCCUGAUGGCAGGAGGACGUUAGCUGUGGUAACCAAGUUGGAUCUGAUGGAUGCUGGCACAGAUGCAAUGGAUGUGUUGAUGGGCCGGGUCAUUCCUGUCAAACUGGGUAUUAUUGGAGUAGUAAACAGGAGUCAGUUGGAUAUCAAUCAAAAGAAGCUGGUGGCAGAUUCCAUCCGUGAUGAAUAUGCCUUCCUCCAGAGGAAGUAUCCGUCUCUCGCAAACCGAAAUGGAACCAAGUAUCUUGCCAGAACACUAAACAGGCUGCUCAUGCACCACAUCAGAGACUGUCUUCCUGAGCUGAAGACGAGGAUCAACGUGCUGGCAGCACAGUACCAGUCUUUACUCAACAGUUAUGGCGAACCAGUCGAUGACAAGAGUUCCACCCUGCUGCAGCUCAUCACAAAGUUUGCUGCAGAGUACUGCCACACCAUAGAGGGCACAGCCAAGUACAUCGAGACAACUGAACUAUGUGGUGGAGCGAGAAUCUGUUAUAUAUUUCAUGAGACAUUCGGUCGCACAUUGGAGUCAGUCGAUCCUCUGGGUGGACUGACGACCAUUGAUGUUCUCACAGCAAUAAGAAAUGCAACGGGCCCCAGGCCUGCUCUAUUUGUGCCUGAAGUUUCCUUUGAGUUGCUGGUGAAGCGGCAGGUGAAGCGUCUGGAGGAUCCCAGUCUGCGCUGUGUGGAGCUGGUUCACGAGGAGAUGCAGAGGAUCAUCCAGCACUGCAGUAACUACAGCACACAGGAGUUGCUGAGGUUUCCAAAGCUCCAUGAUGCCAUAGUAGAAGUGGUCACCUCGUUACUAAGAAAAAGACUCCCCGUCACCAAUGAAAUGGUUCACAACCUGGUUGCCAUUGAGCUCGCCUAUAUCAACACAAAGCAUCCCGACUUUGCAGAUGCCUGCGGCCUCAUGAACAACAACAUAGAAGAGCAGAGACGCAACAGAAUGAGAGAUCUCCCCUCUGCUGUCCCCAGAGACAAGGCAGCAUCCAGUGGCCCUCAGGGCGGCUCUGUCAGCGACCAGUCAGAUGGUGGGACAGGAAACUGGAGGGGCAUGUUGAAGAAGGGAGAGGAGAAUGUAGAUAGGAGCGGAGGUGCCCACACCCUCCCUGCAAGCCCGCAGAAGGGCCACGCUGUCAACCUGCUAGAUGUGCCUGUGCCAGUAUCCAGGAAGUUGUCUGCUCGGGAGCAGAGGGACUGUGAGGUCAUCGAGAGACUCAUCAAGUCAUACUUUCUUAUCGUCCGCAAAAACAUCCAGGACAGUGUGCCAAAGGCAGUGAUGCACUUCCUGGUGAACCAUGUGAAGGACUGCCUGCAGAGUGAGCUGGUGGGUCAGUUAUACAAGACGGCUCUGCUGGAAGACCUGCUGACAGAGUCUGAGGACAUGGCUCAAAGGCGCAAUGAGGCUGCUGAUAUGCUCAAGGCGUUGCAGAAAGCCAGCCAGGUGAUAGCAGAGAUCAGAGAAACCCACCUGUGGUGAAAGCUGCCUCCCUCCAGCACACAUGGACCCUUGGGCCCUCCCAGACCCGCAAACCCCUGCUGAGAGUUUUCGGUACUUCAGACGGCAAAGACGAACAACUUUAAAAUGCACUGCUGCUGAUCUGUGUAUAUGCAAACAUAGAUUUUAAAAGACCCCAAGUACAAACGAGACCUUCACCGCCAGCAUCACAUAGGCUCCUGUACCUAGAUUAUUCUAUAUUUUUCAUAAAUAUUUAAAACAUCUAGAUAACGUUAUGCAUCGCCACGAUGUGGAGCCUUGCUGAGGAAUGUCUGCUCUUAUGUACAUUUGAAUUAAAGCUAAAAUUGACAAACACACGAUACAACAUGUAGACACUCUCUUUAUCAUAUCAAGUCUUUUAUUAGAUGCCGACAAAAUAAUGUGUCUACUGGUUAUUCCCAGGAAAUACACAUAACUUGGAUUUUUUUUUAAUUGUACACUGUUUUUACAGUCUUCAGUUUCAUGGUAAUAGAGGCAUUACUUUUAUGGAGACAUGUAAGUUUUGUACAUCAGACCCACAGAUGUAUUUUGUUUUUCCUUAUCGAACAAUAACUCUUGAACUGUUGAAUUAUCUAUUGAACAAACUUUCAAAGGUUUUGAUACAUCCGGUAAGCUGUUCCAUGGUGAUUCUGGCUGGUUGAGUUUGUAUUCAUAUGUAAUGUUCUGUCUUUUGGACUCAAGAGCACAGAAACAGACAAUCUGCAGGGUGAUUGUAAUAACUUAUUUAUUGUUUUGCUAUCAUGAUAAUUGACAUGUAACCCAACACAACAGAACACAACUAUGAAUUCACACGCUUAGUGGAGUUGUUGGCCAAUCACUGGGGUCGAAACUUGCUUGUCCCUGUCAGACUGCUCCUUUACCUUAGGCGGCCGCCCAUCUUGCCCUUGCCGCGACCUUUGGCACUGAAAAUUUGACAAAGUGGAUGGAUGUUAUUCUUCUGCAGCACUUCACAAAUCACUCCCAAAAUACAGUAAAUAGAUUGUAUGUAUGGUUUGUACAGAAUUCAUGGUAAAGGCAUCACUCGUGUCCACAGCAGGUGUUUUAACCCUAAUGACAAGAUCAGAAAAUAAUAAAGUAUACAACAUAUGAACA